AUGACUGAACCUGAAAAUGGUGUUAGUGAUUCUGCCAAAGAAUUAUCAAGGUAGGUGUUUAAAAAUGAAAUUGUGUCGAUUUGAACUUAAAACGAUAAAUUCUAAAAUCAUACGAUUAAAAUUUAGUUUAUAAACUCAUGAAAAAUUCAUGAAUUUGAACUCAAUUAUGCAUUACCAAAUAUUUAGAUCAUGUUGUCUUUAUGCAUUUUAGCACACCCUCAAUCUCAAAGAAACGAAGGUUUCAGCUAGGAGCAUAUCAACGAACGAAAAGUGCUGUUUUACAAGCGGAGCUGUUAAAAAAGGCCGAGAAAAAAGUAAAAAAAGUUCAAGAAAUAAAAGUUGAGGUGGUUAAACAAGAAACAGAGCUGCAAGAAUUGGCCAAAAAAUUGCAUUCAAGAUGAGAGCUUAUAUCCAAAAGGAAGCGAAAGGUUAAAUUUAGCAUAUUUAAAUUAUGUAUACCUAGAAGCUUUGUACUUUAAUAGUACUUCUGUAUGAGAGUGCAAUUAAUAAAACCUUACCCAGACUUUACAGUUAUUAGUAAAUUUAAUGUUUAUUUUACAGAAAUAUAACAAAUGUCCUAAAGUAGCGAACUUUACCAAAAGUGAUCACUAUGGCAGAAGUCAAUAGAUUGCUUUCUCACAAUAGAUGUUAGACUAACACAUUAUUGCUAGUGUAUUUUUAACCCAUUUAGACGCAAUGUGACCUACUCAAUUAUUUUACCCUGUCUACUGCCAUGCGAUUGAUUUUACUUGUCAAAAAUAAAAGAGCCUUGUACAGUUAUGCCACCAAUCUGACCAAAGUAUCUGCUAAUGAUGUCUUGUGUUAACCACUUAUCCCCAAUGCAUAUUUUAUUCUGCUGGACCCAAGACGAGGUCCUUCAAUGAGUAUGUCAAUUAAGUGUCUAGCGCUUAAAUGAGUUCAUUAUUGUUUUAGGUUUAAUGUUUUUGAGAUGGGCAUUGCAAUUUAACUACAGUCGAACCUGUAUUAAGUGGCACUGUAUUAACUAUUAAGUGGUCACCCUUUGUUAAGCAGUCAUGUGGCAAAGUCCCGAAAAUUUCAUUAUAUAAAUACUAUUUAAGUGACCUUUAUUGAAUGGUCAUCUCUAUGAAGCGGACACGGUCGCCUUUUCCACGGUCCCAAACUUAAUUUUUCGGGGUUUUUUGAAAUUUUAUAAAACGGACAAACUGUCAGUGCAAUGUAACUACAGUAAACAUAAUACAAUAUACAAUUAAAUGUUUAUCUGGCAACAUGUCGAAGUCUUUAAGUUUUGUUUAUCUCAUUACUUGAACUUCCGUAAUCACUGAAAGUGCCAACAUUAUAUUCAGUUUGUGUGGACAUAUUAUUUAAGCCAUGUGGUGAUUUUCUACAAGACCUGUAUUAAGCGGUCAACCUGUAUUGAGCGUCACUAGCAAAAUCUCUGAGGAUGACCGCUUAAUACAGGUUCGACUGUAGACUUUUAGUGUUAAGUAUACUAGCUUAAUCAAAGGUUAACUAAUUCUUUUUCUUGCUUAUAGCUGCAAGAACUGAAUGAAAAUUCCCCUGACAAGUGCUUAUCUAAUACCAGCAAUGCCAAACAGCCAAGAAAGCCGAGCCAGAUUUCCGAAUCUUGUAGUGACAAGUUAAACCUUUCAAGGUCACAACAGAUGCGAAGGAAGAAGAGGACACUUGCUGCUGUUAGAUCAGUUCAUUGUGUUGCAAAUACAAGACCAACUAAUAGUGAGUCAAAAGCUGCUAAUGAUGGCUUAUGGACAACCCUGUUAGGAACAGCAUCAGCAUCUGAGAUGGCAACAUAUAUUUCCCAAUCCAAAAUGUGUAUGGAGAAAGUUUUGCCAGGAAUUGUUAACAGCAAGAUUAAAGAGUACCAAUUAAGCACACCAAACCAAGUGCGAAGCAUGCGUGUGCUAUAUGAAGGUGGAUUGCUUGGGAAAAGAAAGUACACAAGAGUAUGCAAUAGCUGUGACAUCAUCGAAACUGGUGAUAACAAGAAGAGAAAGUGUCAGAUAAUGGAAGGAUGUGAAAAGUAG